AGGGAGGUCUUCUGUGUCUUGAGUGUGCCGGAUGUGGUGGGCUGUUGAAAGAGGAAGCAAAGCAUUUCUGCUGCAUCCGUCUGAAGAGUGAGGACGGCUGGACCGCUGACGGAAAACAGCAGCUUCUUCAGCCAUGACAGAAAGAUGAACUGAUGAUGAUGAUGAUGACCAGUAAACCACACGGUAUGAUAGGAAACUCUGGUGUGCUGACUGCGGUCCUGGCCGUGGUGUCAGUCCUGUCUCUGAGUCUGCUCUCUCUCUUCUGUCUGCGAUGCAAAAAGAAAUCAAAGAUCAUUCACGAGGAGCAUCAGAUCUACAACCCAGACACAUUUCAGCGUGGGGGGAGCAGGUUUGCAGUGAUAAGAUCAAAAACAGUUACCAGAGCCAGUCCUCUAUCUGCAAACCCUGUUGAAUCAGGACACCGGUUUGAGGAGUACCCACACCUGACAGAUGGUAAUGAUGACCCGUCAGACUAUCAAAAUAUCGGAGAGGCUCACACAGGAAGUGCAGAACACACAUACGUAGCUCCACUCCCGAUCACAGUGUACGAGAAUGAAAAUACCAAGAAACAGAUAACUGAUAUGAAUCAGGCUCUAGAUGUCUACGUAAACGUCCCAUCGUUCUCCGUAAAUGAUGAUGAGGAUGAUUACGAGAACUCUCAAUUCCUGCAAGAACAAGAAGAGCCGGAUUACGUGAAUGAAGACGGCACCUGAUGUGAACUCCACCGACAAGAUCUGAAGACAUCCGCUCACAAUCUGAACCUUCUGUACAACUGAGUUUUUACAAGGCCUGCCAUGUGUCCUGUGAAUCUGGACCUUGAUUGUGGUGCAGACUUAGACUGCCAUCUACUGGUGGAAAAUGUAUGUUCAAAUAAAGAAUAAAUAAUAAAAAGAUGGACCUUUGAA